AUGGCUGGUUACAGAAGGGCUUGGAGCAGUGCGCUCCUGGUCUUGGGCCUGCUGCUUUUUGUUCUGCCCGGCAAAGCCGCUGCCUUUGGUGCUGGCAACAUUCCAUCCAUCGCCCAGGUCGAGGGCCACAACUGGAGACAUGGCGACAUCGAGGACAUGCUCAAGACGGUCGCCUUCCUGCACGGCAAGAAGUGGACUUCCAUGAUGAUUGGCCGUGUUUACUUUGGAAACUGGCUCAGGGACUAUUCGCAGGCUGUUGAUGUUGGCAGCCUGAAGGGCAUCAACGCGGCCACCAUCAGGAUUAUUGUUUGGGUCCUGUCGUUCAUGGCCAACGGCUAUGCGACCGAAGAAUUCGAAGUCACCGAGGAGCGUCUGGGCGUCUACCGCCCCGAGGAGCACAUCGACAACCCCCUGGGCUACGCCGACGGCCAGGAUGCCCGCCGGUACGACACCCGCCUGCGAGGACCCGUAGACCCCCGGGAGCUCGAGAUCGACCCGCGCACCGGCAUGAAGAACUACAUCGCCAACGAGUCCGGCGGAUGGGCCACCAGCGCCGGCUAUCUCCGCUGGAGCUUUGCCCGCAGCAUUCACUUUGGUCGCGUCUACACAAACGGCGCGAACGGCACCUCCGGCAAGGAGGCAGAUCUGUGCGAAGCCCUGCGGUGCUUGGGCCAAGCUCUGCACUGUAUGGAGGACUUCAGCGCCCACAGCAACUACUGCGAGCUUGCUCUCGUUGAGCUGGGCUAUCACAACGUCUUCCCUCACUGCGGCAGUGCCACACAGAUCCAUCUAAACGGCAGGAUGGUCUAUCCCCUCGUUACGGGAACAUUUGGGGCUGUGGACUUUUUGCACUCGGUCCUUGGUGAAGCCAACGACCACUUCACUCAGUCGGAAGUCGAUGAAAUCGACGUCGCUCUCAAGAAUGCCGAGCAGACGAACAAAUCUGGCGAUGGCCAGCGCGGCUUCUUUAGUGGUCCGGGCUCGGGCGGAAGUGACUUUAUCUCCCUCGUUGGCCAACUCCCUGGCGUUGGUGAUGGCUUUGCCUCGCAGGCUAGAAAUCUCAAGGCCAUGUCCGAAGCACAGGAGCAGGAAAACGCUCGCUCCGCGGGCAACGUCAACGUCGUCCCAGGCAUGAGCCCCAACUUCGACCCAGUCAAGGUAUCCGGACAGAUCUACCCGAUCCUCGAGUUCCGUGACAAGAUUGUGCGGUCCAUCAACAACAUGAUCUCCAAAAUCCCCGGUCUGGAGAACCUGCUAGAGCAUAUCAGCGAGACGCUGACGGCCUUCAUCCUCGGCCUGCUUGCCCCCUUUGUCCGCCCAAUCAUCAACCAGGUGUCCAAGGCGCUCAAGGAAGGCUCCGCGGGCCUGAUUGAGACGAGCGCCAACCAGCAGCUUGAACCGUGGACCAACCCGCGCUGCGACAACCCGACCCACUCAAUGCUCUCCAAGGACCAUUUCACCAACAUCCUCAACUCGUGCGCCGGCCGUGUCGCCGCCAUCAUCCUGCAAUACGUCGUCCCCCGCGUCAUGUACGCCUGGGAAAACCCCGGCGUGCCCGUCGACGAAGUAGUCAACGACGUCCUGCGCGCCUUCCACCACCCGGCGGCGCGCAACGAGCAGAUCCAGAUCCAGCGCGAUAUGUUCGAGACGGUGCGCAAAUGGACGCAGGAAACCCGUUACCGCGACCAACUUAAUUAUCUGCUCUCAUCGGAGUCGGUCAAGAACCACAAGAACCACGUCCUCAGCGGCGGCGACCCGGGCAGCCGCUCCAUCCCCGGGGGCGGGUGCGGCCACGGCGACGGAGGCCACGGCAAGCCGGCCGGCUCGCUAUGGUCGCACAUACAGAACCUAAAUCGCGAGAGCGGGGGCAGCGGCACGGCGGCCGGAGGGGGUGGGUAUGCCGGCAGCUAUGAGGGACAGCCGACGCUGUCCCCUGCGCAGCAGCAGCAUUCGUAUGGCGGAGGAGGAGGGUAUCCCGGCCAGGGCGCCUACGGACAACAGCAGCCCCAGCCGCAUUAUGGUGGGCAACACCAGCCAGGGUAUGGCGCGCCGCAACAUGGGGGGUAUCCGCCGCAUGGCCAGCCGCCGUCGGGAUCGUGGGGGCAGUACCCGCGUUAUUGA